UUGCAUUUCACAACCACCACCAGUCAUACAUCAUGGACAGCGGAGGAGGAUAUCUGAUAUCCAAUCAUGACAUCGAAACAACAAAGAUAGACAAAGUAGAUCAAUCUACAAACAAUUCGUCGAUCCAAGUACGCAAGCUAACACAAAAACAAGAAUUAAGGUUGAUGAAUUAUUUGGAUGAUGCAUUUCAACAAAUCGUUCGAGGUUUUUCAAAAAGAUAUACGACAUCCAGUGCAACAAGUUUACCUACUUUGGAAAUCUAUCUUGCAAAAAUGGAUUCAAUCUUACACAUCAUUGCAGAAAUUCCACCUGUCGGACCAUCUGCUCAACUUCUGAUCAAUUAUUUGUUACGAUAUACUAAUGAGAUUACAGAUGGAAUACCGGGUUACGAGAUUGGAUCUAGAUCUGCAGAUCAAUUGGUUGGCGAUGAAGAAAAGGUUGCGGGAACAUCGAAUAUUUCUUCAAGUUUGGAAAAAGCAAUCGCAUCGCUUGAUUUAUUGGAUAGAGUAUGGUCAGCCGUUUUACGUGGAAAUAUGAUUGAUAUGAAGCAGGCCAAAGAACAUAGCAAAACUGACAUCGAAGUGGGAAAGAACUCACUGUCUUUCCCAGGACUAGGGACACCGUAUACCCAUAGUGCAUCACACGAGCAACACCAAAUAGAACAGAAUCAAGGCAGAUAUCCGGAGAAUGCACAGCAAAGAAGUCAAAGAGAUAAUCAUUCCGUUGUAGGAAGUCGUGGGUUCUCCACUGUUGGUCAAACACAAAGAAUCAGACUACGAAAUGUGAUUACGCUGGCAAAGGAGAACUUGUUUGCUUGGAUGCGUACUCAAUUAGAUGCACCUUUACCACCUCAAAUCGAAGAGAGUCGAAAGGAAGAAAAGAAGGAAAGUCUGAAUUUGAUAGAAGAGCAGGGCGAUCUGGAUACUGCAGAUGGUGCUACAGAUUCGCAAGAUGCCGAAGAGGAAAAUGAGAUACAGCUUGAAGAUGUAAAGACAGAAUCUAACGAUAACUACAAUCACUACGACGAUCUCUUUUCAAGACAGAUUGACCCCGAUGCUGAGGAUGAAGAUGACGAAGACAAUACAGAGGAUGAUGGAGAUGUAAAGCAUGGACGCAAACGAUCUCACACCUCUGAAGAAACCGAACAACCAACUCAUAAACGGAAACAUCAAGAAGAAGAUCAAACUACAAUCGCGCCAAGCGAUGUAGAAAGCGAAGCAACUUUCAGAGGCAAUUCCGCUCCUAAUACUGCUGCUGUGAUGCGAUGGGAUGUAGCUUUUGCUCGUAUCUUUCAAAAGACAUUGCGUUGCUUGAGCGACAUACAAGAUCGAACGCAAAGAGCCACAGAGAAUGAAGACCACCAAGAACCUUGACCAUAGAAUGUCGCAUUGUGUAUUUGUCAUGUAAUUUUACUGUACUAAUGUAUAUUCGCUCUAGAUUGUCGUAACUAAGUCUGAGAAUCGCACACGCCUUCGUGUCAAGAUUAAUG